UCAUUUGGUUGCAGGAAGAAGCGCUUUAAGGCUGAAAUUCAAGUUCGCUAUCACGAUCAGGACACUGCAGUGAGAAGGAGCGAAAAGCUUAUUACCGGUAAUGGGCUGUAUUAAUGUGACUAAUGUUGAUAAGCAAGAUGGUCACGACGAUUUCAACGUGGAUGUAGGUGAUUUGUGCUGAGGAUUUCGAUGUCAGCGAUAAGCCAGCAAUAUCUUCAUCUGUAAGCUUAAAUACUCGUCAUUAUGAAAGAUUGCAAAGAGCAGAAGAUACAUGGGCUAAGUUACGGCAAGCUGCUCUUUCGACCGGGCGUCUGGAAAAGCGGGAAACCGGAAUCCGGAAUAGGAACGGGAAUAGGAACAGGAACAGGAACCGGAACCGGAAUGGGAAGAGAAACCUAUAUAAAAGCAGGGACAACAUUUACCUUAAUUUAAGUUACUCUGGAUUUAAUUCCUAUUCAGAUUAUAUACAAAAAAUAAGGGAAAAAAUGGAAUAUGACCCGGAAUAGGAAGGGGAAUAUUAACAGUGUAUAGAAAUAUGAAAAGAAAAAGAUAUAAUCGUGAUAUAAAUAAAAAGCCAGAGAAAUAAUUAAAGAAACAAGAAAACACCCUUGAAAUGUUAAUCUAAUUAACCUUUUUUUAUCUUUAGCCUAUGACACAUUGUGUUUUCAUGUCAAGCAUAAUAGCGAACCUAAGCAACGAGAACGCUGACCGUCGCUUGAUGGAACGCUUCUGUCUCACACAACGAAUCUGAAUUCUUCCUCUUACCUUCCACUGUGCGAAUUUGUUGAGUAAGCAUCGAAAGAGAGAAGACAUCCACUUCCAGUUUCCAUUUUUAAUGUCCUGGACGUCAACGUUCUGGUUGCUUAUUAAGGUCCCUAUUGCACUCGGUUGAGGUAGAUGAAGUGCAGGCUGGGAUGGGGAUGGGGGGGGGGAGGGGGAGGAGGUACGUGUUAAUACCCUUUUUAAGCUGUGGACUAUCUAUAUCUGGCUAACUUCCCAAUUUAGCACAGUACAAUAUAUCUAUGCAGCAAACCCGAGGUGUAUGGCAGCCCAAUAAACGUCUCCGAUGGGUGUCUCGUUUACACAUGGUCUGACAAAUAAUAUUAACAUGUUAUAAACUCCUUCCCGUGAGAGACAAAAGGAACCUUAAGAUCUGACAAAGGCAACGCCAGCGAAAACGCCACUGAGAAAUUGAAUUCGGGUCUUAAUUCAAACUAUUUCUCAUUAAUUCCAAAUUGUCCAGUCUUUUAGAGGGUUGGAAAUUAAGCUGGAAACCGCGUCCGAGCUCAGAAAGACACAAUAAAAUUUAUCCCCUGCCGUUCACGUUCUCAAGAGAACUUAAGAUUUGAUCAUUUACGUCGUAGUUGUGCAUAGGCGGUGAAGAAAUUGACAGAAAGCGCGAGGCACUCGCAAAGCUGUUGCUUCCGGCUUUUUCUACCUUCUCGUUGCCGUAAUAAAAAGAGAUUCGGGGGGGGAAGCAUGAUACCAGACUAGUUUUCUUAUUUUUUUUGUAUAAAUUAAAUUAGAAUUAAAAUAAUUUAAAUUAAAUGAUGUCCCUGUUCUUGUAUCGGUUCGCCUUCACAUUACGGUUCCUGUUCCGUUGGUGUUUCCGGUUCCGGUUCCGGUUCCGGUUCCUGUUCCCAUUCCCGUUCCUAUUCCGGAUUCCGGUUUCCUGCUUUUCCAGACGCCCCUUUCGACCACUUUCUAGAAGGAAGGUUCGUUUGUGAACAGCACGUUACUGAGGUGUCACUUCUGUGACUCGGAAAGUGGCAUUUGUCAUUCCUUGGACUGUAGUGCAACAGCAAAGUUUUGUGAAUUUUGUGCUACAUCAAUGCACACCGAAGUAAAUAUUCUCCAUAGUGUGGAAAUUCUUAAGGUACGUAAGUUGGUCUGAAGGUUUCCACAACAGAGUAGAUUCGUAGCUGCCAGACUCUUAAUUACCUGCUUCACCCGGCUGCUUUAAAUCUUUGUACUUGUAAAGCUGAUGUUUAUAAGCUUAAAAUAGCCCCAGAUUUUAUUUGUCAUUUUUCAUCUUUGAACUAUGUUGCUUGUCAGUUAUUACAAUGUCUUUUAACUGGAGUAUUUACCAAAUGUUAAUAUCUGCAGUAGCAGGCCAGGUUUUGCUUUUAGAUCCUUAAAUUAUGUGCAUUAGAAGCUCAUGGUUUCCUUGGUUGUUAUUUUUUUUUAGUAUUAAUGAAGUUAUAUCGUGCUUACAUUGUAAAUUACAAUGACUUUUGACCACCUUGCCAGAUCAGAGAUUAGUUUCUCUGAGAGCAAAACAAACAAACGUUAAGCUCGGCAAGAUAGGAUCGGAGAAAACUAAUAUCAUUCAUGUGUAUCACUUAAAUUAAGGAUCAUGCAGGGGAGUUUUAAAUCAAAUCACUUUGGUUUAUUAAUCUAUUUAAACACUAAAACAAAAUGACCUGUUAGUCAAUUAAUUAAUGUUUGAAUUUUUAUUCUUGGUUUAAUACAUAAAGUGCCAUAUACUAUCAUGACUUAUUGUUAUUCUAGGAGGAGAAUAUAAUUAUAUAUUUCCCUUUGAUCUUAGCAAGAACCCUGGUGCUGAACGGACAUCAGUGCCCAUCUGUUCAUUUUCGUAAUGUUUCUACCGUAGAUUCUCGAGGUAAGGAAAAAAGUCUUUUUAUGUGUCAACCCCAUGCAUGAUCUAGUAAAGCAGAUCAGAUGUAGCUCUAAAGCUGUUUUUUGUGUUUGUUCAAUAUAUAUGUAUGCGACUUUGCUUGUAAUUAGUUAAACAUGUAAUGGAAAAAUGUACAGUAUAACACUAAGCAGUAUGCAAUUUUAUAUUAACAAAAAUGUCAGACAUGAUGUACAUCCCUAAUAUUAAUGUACAAAAAGACGGAAUAGACGUACUGAACCAUAGAAGAAAACUGUAAUUUUAUUGUGACCAACAGUCAACCAACAGGCAACCUGACAGUGGGCCAACUGUUUAUCAACUGUCGAUCAACAAUUGGUCGACAGAUCUAGAUACAAUGCAUACCAUGGGUAUGAAUUGUCAUGAAAGUACUUAUAUAUAUAUAUUAGCCUGUUGUUUGGCUACUUGGUUUUUAUUGUUUUCUCUGAUUUAAUCUGGUGCCUAUGGUGUAUUAAUUAUCUUUGACAUGUAUGCAAGUGUUUAUAUAUGUGCACUGAUCUGACUGCAAUUGUUGUUUAACAAUUACUCAUAUAGCAUGAACAUCAGUUAAUAUCCCUUUUGUUUUUUCUUUCUUACAGGAUUUCAAGUGGUUGUUGCUGCUCAGUUUGUAGUUGUGAACCUGAUUUUUUACGUCUACUUAGGUUCAAUUUUUGGGUGCCACACCAACAAAGCCAGAGUUGGCUUCACAAUGGAUUUGAUGAAGUUGCUGCUCACCCUUAAUCUUGAAUGCCAAGUGGCUGUAAAAGAAUUUUGUUCUGCGAUUCAGACCCUUGUUAAUGAUAUUAUAUCCUUUCCGGUAUUAAGAUAGUUUAAAAAUUAUGAAAUUCUUUUCUCCUUUGCUUUUAAAAACUGUCAUAUUGUCCAUAUAUGCUGUGUCAGUCAGUUUACUUUACUUUCUUUUAGCUAGUUAACGAAUAAUAUUUAGCCAUAAGGUUUUUUUAUGUACUACUUUAGAACCAGAGGAAAUUAUAUCCAGUUAUUAUUGACAGUCUCGAAGAGUUCAGGUUAGUAAUAAGACUUAUUUAAUAUAAUAUUAUAGUAAUAGACUAGUUGUUUCCGUAUAUAUUAUUCAGUGAAGUGGAGGUGGCUUGUGGAUAUUUAGCGAGCUGCAUUUGAAGUGCUAGGUUAGGUGAAUAGUAUUGUUUUACUAUGUACACACUGUGCUAAAACAAUUACAUGAUAUAUAAUUGAGCUCACGAAUGAAACAGAAUUUAAUUGCCAUCUUUGUGAACAUCCAGAUCACAGCUUCUUCAUUAUAAAUAUGGUAGCAGAAUAACUGGUGUGAAUAAGCACUGGGUGGUUUGAGUAGCCAAACAAAGAGCAAAAAGCACCAAUUAUAUCCAUUUGUUAAGUGUAUAAUGAUACUUACUGUCAGUAGUUGAUAUUUUUAUGUCACAGCUGGUCUCUCCUAUAUAAAGAUGAAGCGAAGCUCCUAGCUAAUCAUAGUGCUCUAUUUUCAAUAAUCAUCAAUGUAGUUAUGCUAAUGGUAUGUAUUAUGAUAUCAGUGGUUGACAUUACCUUAUUGUCGAUUGGUGGUUGGAUAGUUAUCGCUGUAGAUGGUCAGUGAUUCGUCAAACCUGAUCAUGGUAUUGAUGCUACAUGUGUAUGAGAGGUGUGGCUGCACUGAGAAUAACCAAUGGGAUGUGAACUUUUAUUACAACAUUCCUUUUGUAGACAUCUUUUAAGGGAGUUAUUACAUGUAACACUCUUUCCCAUGUGGUGACCUGUACAUUGUACUACUGCAUAGACAAUAUUUAACUCUGAUGGUUCACUAACCAUUAGGUUACUUCUCAGCAUUUUGUAUUGCAUUGUCAUUUUGAAUCAGGCUGGAACGCGUUUUAUUUGAAUUGGAGAACACAGAUGGUGUAAGUCAGCGCUGUACCACUUCUUGUGUGGAGUAUACAACGGUAUGAGAUGCUGCUUGUGACGGAAGCAAAAAGGUGGCAUUGGUCGAUCUGCAUACUAAAGUUAUUGAGCGGUGGUUCUUGUUGAGUUUGAUAUCAUUUGAUAUAUGAUAAAAAGUGUAAUCAUAACUAUAACAAAGUUCUCAAAUCUGACUGGCUAUCAACUGUCCUGAUUUCAGCCUUAAUAGGACAGUACGCACCAUCACGCGCGCGCUUAAAUGUUUUUUUUUUUCAUUGCUAGCCGAAAAAAGAUUGGAAUUUCUUGUGUUUGGAUUUAAAAAAAGAGCCUUAUAUAUCACAAGUUUUGUUAAAGUUAUGAUUAAUUUUUAACAGAACUUCCUGUGGUCCAAUUUGGUCUGUAAUCAUGCUCAUGAUUAAACAAAUCAAACUCCCGCAACUCGGUUCUCCGAUUUUGUUAAGCACUCGUAUGAUUACAGACCGAAUUGGACUCCACUCAGUCGUGUUACCAUUACUAAUUGUUGCGGUUAUGAUUCCAAGCUGCUAGAACGCAUUCUUGAGAAACAAGGAUAUGUUCCGUUUUCAUGAAACGUUUGAUUUUAGUGACCCAUUAAAAGCAGUGUCUUUAUGAUUUCUUUAAACCUGCCAUCACGGCGCUAUCAACGUAGUACAGUUUUGCUUUGUCGAAAAUAUAGGCCAGGGCAUAAAAUAACUUGCUAGUCCUGAUGCUUUUGGGCUCGAGGACUAGACAAGUGUCAGGAAUUUCCCGUCUUAACAUUACGGGGUUUUGUCUUUUCACUUACUGUUUGAUUUUCUCUUUUUCUUGGUUUUUUCUUGAACUGUCCUCUGUCCUUAUCACUUAGAUGGCCAUGACCUUUCCAAACGGCUUUCCAAGCAGAUUUGUCCAGCAACAAAGAGCAUGCGAACCGCUCUAGAUAAAUUCAACAACCUAGAAUGCAGUAAUGCUUGCCCAUUCCCACGCUCCUUGGAGUUCGAUCAAGUGAAGAACCCGGAAGCAGACGUUGGGUUACGAUCGGAGUUUGUUGGUUCUGACUCGCCAGUACCCAUAACCGUUAGACGUAGAGCAAUCGAUCUGUACCAUCUGCUGGAUAGAGCUAAAGAAGAGGUGACCUUACUUCAGGAAGAGAUGAGAAACGUAGUUGAACACUUCAGCGGGCAGCACGCGACGUUUUCCAGUUCGUUAAAAGAUGCCACGAUAUCUCCUUUGUCCUUAGAGGAGUUAGGGAAAAAUAUAUUUCCGAAAAUGAAACUGGUGUCUUUGGAGGGGCAGCUUUUAGAGGUGAAAAGAGUUUUCCAAGGUCACAUCGGAGAAGUCUCUCUCCCGAACUUAAUUUUUGAUCGAAACAGUAUUCCGUUACAGGACGAUGAAAACGAGGCUGACGAAGUGUCUGAGUUGUUGCUAACCCUCCCGGAAACAGAGGAGGAUGAAGUGGACAGUGAAAAAGAAUGCGAGAGCGAUUAUGACGAUACCGACAGCACUUUUUUUAGUUCUUCGGGAAUAUUGCUUUAA